AUGAGCUUUGUAAUAGCGGAAAGUAUCCUAAUUCCACAGAUCUUUGCUGCUAUUAAAUUAACUCAAGUCAAUACGAUUAACAUUCUGAAGUGUAUACCAACAAUGAUUAAAACGUUACUUUUGAAUAUGAUUAAAAAUUGGAAUUUAAUCACUGGAGAAGAAGAAAUUCAAAUUUUACGAAGUUACAGUGAACGUGGUAGACAAUUAACUUUAAACUACGCAUGUUGCAUGUUAAUGACAUCGUUAACAUUCAUUAUGUUUCCUAUAUUCAAAAUUCUAACUGAAGAUUCUGAAACGAGUGAUAAGUCGAUCAUACCUUUCGAAGUGGAUUAUCUUUCUUUGAUCGACAUUAAAAAAUAUUAUUAUUUUAUAUUGAUCCAUUGUUAUAUAUGUGUUAUCGCACAUGUUCUCAUAAUAGUAGCAGUGGAUACCAUAUUCAUAACGUUCAUUCAACAUAGCUGUGCAAUGUAUGCAAUUCUUGGAUAUCAUUUAGAACAUAUGGCGGACAUCGAGAACGAAAAAUCAGAUCUUUGUUUAGAUGACAAAGCUUAUUGGAGAAUCAUUAAUUGCAUUCGUCAACAUAAUGAAAUAAUCGAUUUUGUCGAUCGCAUCGAAUCUAUAUAUUCAACAUAUUUCUUCUUUCAAUUGGGUUAUAAUAUGAUUAAUAUAAGUAUUACUGGUACACAGAUAGUAUUAUACGCUGAUGUAAUGUUCGAAUUUAUUAGAUUAAUCCUUUUAACUUUAGCUCAACUAUUUCAUUUAUUUUUUGAAUGUUGGCAAGCACAACAAAUAAUAGAUCACAGUUCUUUAAUACACGAAUCCAUAUGCAGAGCUACUUGGUAUCGGACCACGGAGAAAUCAAAAAAACUAAUUAAAAUAAUGUUAAUAAAUACUUUGGAAACAUCAAAGCUCACUGCUGGUAAAUUGCUCGUCUUAUGUUUCGAAUGUUUUGCCUUGGUCGUCAACAAAUCAGUAUCAUAUUUUACAAUUCUUCGAACAAUGCAAUAAAAGAUAAAAACUUAAUGAUUCAAUGUUGAACAAUCUAAAAUAGUAUAAUGGAAUUAUUUAAACUAUUAUUGUUUAUUUUGAAUAUAUUGUAAAAUGACGAUCUUUGUUAGUUUACGAUCGUACGUAGAUCUUGUAAUAGAACUUAUAUUUUAAUAAAUAAUAAUUAUAUGAAAGAGUCAUUAUAUUAUUGAUAGA